ACCAACGUCCGGUCCUCUCCCCCCCACCCCCAGACCUCUGCAGGACACUUCACAGCGUGCUUGAUUUCCUGAAGUGGCUGGCAAGAGACUGUUGCCCUGCUGUUCUGCUGCCCUGAUGACAACAAUUCCACUUCUCCUUCCAUCUCAGGCUGUCGGGCAGCCCACCAUCUACGAACUUUCCAAGAUAACCGGCAGCCUUUACAUUAGUAACGCUGUGACCGCAAGUAACCAAUGUAUAUUGUCCUACUAUAACAUCACCACUGUCAUCAAUGCUUCGGUGGAGGUGGAGAACACGUUCUUCGAGGACAUUCAGUAUGUAUAUGUGCCGGUGUCCGAUACUCCCACUUCAUACAUCUAUGAUUUUUUUGACCCGAUUGCUGAUCGCAUCCACAGCGUGGAAAUGAAACAGGGCCGUACACUGCUGCACUGCGCCGCCGGAGUGAGCCGCUCGCCUGCGCUCUGCCUUGCGUACCUGAUGAAAUAUCACUCCAUGACUCUGCUAGAGGCCCACACUUGGACCAAGGCCUGCCGCCCCAUCAUCCGGCCCAACAACGGAUUUUGGGAGCAACUUAUUAAUUAUGAAUUCAAGCUGUUCAGUAACAACACUAUAUACAUGGUUAAUUCCCCAGUGGGUAUGAUUCCCAAUAUAUAUGAAAAUGAGGUCAAUUUGAUGAUGUCCAUGUGACCCAUAGCAGCUAACCUCGACAUGGGCACCAGCUCUUACAGCAAGAUUCAACACGAAUUUGAGUUAGCAAGUAAGACCAAGGAAACCUCUUAGAUGGCUAAGAAUAGGGACCAGGGAUGGAGUUUUUAAUGUAGUAAGUCUUACCUUCAAGCAAUAAAAUUCAUCAAAUGA